UUGUUGUAACAAAACAUAUUUGGCUUUCUUGUCCUCUCUACUUUGAGAUCAGAAAAAAAACUUGUUAAAAAAAAUGGCAUCUUUUGGUGAGGCACCACCAGGAAAUGAAAAGGCAGGAGAGAAAAUCUUCAAGACUAAAUGUGCUCAAUGUCAUACUGUUGAAAAAGGUGCCGGUCAUAAACAAGGACCCAAUUUGAAUGGACUCUUUGGAAGGCAGUCUGGAACAACUGCUGGUUACUCCUACUCUGCUGCCAAUAAAAACAUGGCAGUCACUUGGGGAGAAAACACUUUGUAUGACUAUUUGCUCAACCCCAAGAAGUACAUACCUGGAACAAAGAUGGUUUUUCCUGGAUUGAAGAAGCCACAGGAGCGUGCAGACCUCAUUGCGUACCUGAAAUCUGCUACUGCCUGAGGAAAAUGACACUUGUUUUACCAUGCGGUGAAAGAUAAAUUAAUUGAUUUUUUUCUUAAAAAGAAAUAAUAAUAAAUAGACCUCUUAUAUAUGGCCUGACUCAUUUAUUUUCCAAAGAACUGGUUCAUAAGAAAAACACUUGAUAAACAAGGCCAAUUUUAAUAUCAUAAUUUUCUCAUGAUUAUGUUUUGGUGGUAUGCUGUUUUACUUUGUCUUUUCUCUUUUCAUUUAAGUCGAUAGCCAAUUCG